CGGGAGUGUUGUGGUGUCCCUGAAGUGGUUCCGCUAAUGAAAUCAUGGCAAUCAGGACGGUUGUCAUGGCUACGGGCUUCCAAUGGGUUAUUGUGUUCUCUGAUCGUGUCUGCUGGGCACAGCUGGACACAAGGCUCUCUGGGUGACGAGGGCACAGACGCCAUCGUUCCAUUCAGUUUACAUUUGUUGUUGUCCUGUUCCUUGUUUUGCACAGACGACCUUUGUUAAACUGAAGAGGAACAAGUUGAACUACAUUGGAUUUAAUCUUUGUUUCCUGAAUGGUGUCAUGAACAAUGGGUUGUCCCCUCUUGUUGCUGACCAGUACGGUGUCCAUCCUCGGCGGCCUGGUCUUUGGCUAUGAGCUGGGCAUCAUCUCAGGAGCCCUGCUCCAGCUCAAGGCUGAGUUUGGACUCCUGUGUGCCCAGCAGGAAGCCCUGGUCAGUGCCUUGCUGGUGGGAGGAUUGAUGGCCUCCAUCGUGGGGGGCUGCCUGAUUGACCGCUGCGGCCGCAGAACCUCCAUGCUCCUCAGUAACGCGCUGAUCACGGCGGGCAGCCUGGUGGUGCUCAGUGACUCCUACGGGGGCCUGGUGGUGGGCCGCAUCACAGUGGGCUUUGGGAUGUGUGUCUCCUCCAUGUCCUGCUGCAUCUUUGUGUCCGAGAUGGUCUCCCCGGACCGCCGGGUGCUGGUGACUCUGUACGAAGCUGGCAUCACCGUGGGCAUCCUGGCCGCCUACGCCACAAACUACCUCCUCUCCGACACCCCUAGAGGCUGGAGGCUUAUGUUUGGAAUAGCCCUGGCACCGACGUUGGCACAGUUUGUUUGCAUAUGCACUCUUCCGGCCAAUGCUGAUGGAUGUAACGUUAACAGGGAUGGUUUUCAGACGGAGAGAAAGCCCUUGAGUCUCGUUCAAAGUCCAGCAGCGGACGAGGCGCCAGUCGGCGGCACCAGACCGGACAAGCAGCUCAGCGUGAUGUACCUGUUUCAGAGCAGGGACAACAUGAGACGCCGUACCGCCAUCGGCCUGGGGUUGGUGAUCUUCCAGCAGCUCAGCGGCCAACCCAACAUCCUGCUCUACGCCUCCACCAUCUUCCACUCGCUGGGCUUCCAUGGCGACGCCUCGGCAGUGCUGGCGUCUGUCGGCUUGGGGCUGGUCAAGGUGCUCGCCACCCUAAUCUCCAUGGUGCUCUCCGACCGGGUGGGCCGCAGGCCUCUUCUCAUCGGUGGAUGUGCCUUCAUGGCUGCGGGUCUUCUCACUGUUGUGCUCCUCGGUGGACAGGCGGCUCUCAGCGCUAGCGGUGCGUGUGUGGUAAACACCCCGGGUGCCAACCACACAUCUCUGCCCAGUUUGCCACAUGCUGAUCCGACAGCGUCGAACAGGUCUCUUGGAGAGCAUCGCAGACUUUUUGAUUUGUCAGAGAUCAAAGAGAUUGGAUCAGAUUAUUCUGUUUACCCCGCCAAUGCGUCCUCUGUGUUGCCGUCUACACCUGGUGUCCAGGGAACAGUGGUUAACUGGAUCAUUCUCAUCUGUAUCUUCGCCUCAGUCGGUGCCUACUCUAUUGGAUUUGGACCCAUAACCUGGCUAGUCCUGAGUGAGAUCUUUCCUGUGGGAGUCAGGGGAAGGGCGUUUGCAUUCACCAACUGCUUCAAUUGGGCCACACACCUGUUGGUCACCUGCUCUUUUUUGCAUGUUAUUGAUGCGAUUGGACUUUCAGGCACGUUUCUUUUGUACGGUACAACAUGUGUAGCCGCAGGUAUUUUCUUUUACUGUAUGCUUCCUGAGACCAUGGGGAAGACUCUGGAGCAGAUAGAUGAAGAACUUAGCACAAACAGGGUACACAGUGAUAAGGUAUGCUGCAGCAGUCUGAGAAGGAGAACUGCCACGGUGAAGUACCAGAGAGUAGAGUGUCAACACAGCGACACAAACUGACCUCCACAGGGAAAUGCCUUAUUUCAAUGGGAGACUCUUCUAUUGAAUGUUCCAACUAAGCUAGGAUGGGGUAGAAGCAUGUCGAAGGACAAUCGUUGAAGGCUGCAAUUUCACUGAACAAUCAAGAUGUUAUGUACCUCAACGUGUUAUUAUCAAGGCUGAACGAGAAGGCUUUGGCAUAUAAUUGACUGUUAUCACACUGGAUGUUAUUUAUGUCUAAAUAUUACAGGUACAAACCAAGUAUUGGUGGAUCUGUGGUCAUAUUUUCAUGUGGGAGGAUGCUUUAACAUCAUAAAAUAAAACAAUGUUAAAAACACUCAAUCUACUUCAACGCAUGCUUGAGUUCCAAAACCUUAUUUCUUUAGUAGGGUAACUGAGGUCUCUGUUAAAUCAAUUUUUAUAUUUUUCUCCUGCACUUCUGUGUCAUUUGAUGGACGUAAUAAAG